AUGUCUUUGUUACUUGACGACAUAUACAACGGGACUGCACCAGACUCAUCUUUUCAAGUAGCUAGAACAUCGUAUAGGAACGAGUUUUAUCUGGUGGAUGGGAUCUAUUCGGAGCGUGCUUGUUUUGUGAAGUCAUUGUCUUGUCCAAAUGAUCGGAAAAGGUUGAAGUUUAAGAGAGCUCAGGAGCGGGCGAGAAAGGAUGUUGAACAAGCAUUUGGAGCUUUGAAAAAACGUUGGCAUAUUCUUAAAUAUCUUGCGCCGUAUAUGGAGGAGAAGAAAAUGAGCGAGGUGAUGUAUACUUGUAACAUAUUGCAUAAUAUGAUUCUCGGAGACGAAGGAAAUGCAAUAUGUGAGUAUAACGAAAACGAGAUCGUUCCACCGACACAAGCUUUUGAGGUUGGAAGCGCGGAGUACAUGUCGAGGAGGGCACUAGUUAAUGAUGUUGAGAUGUAUCAUGUUCUUCGUAAGGACUUAACGGAAUAUAUUCGGAACAUCAACCACAUCGAUCUUAACAUGGAACUGGUCAAUGAUUUGGAAUGUCAAUUUUCUGAUGAAGAUGUUCUUUAG